AUGAGAGCAUUUUAUGAUCCAGCUUUCUUUGAAUUUUUAUUGAGAAUUGGAGAAGGUACUGAACCAAUGGAUGAAAUUAGAAAAAUCACUCUACCAAAUGAUAUGGUUAUUCCAUUUGGUAGUAAAGAAACCUCACUACAAAGAUCUGUAGAUGACAUAAACAAUAUUAUGACAAACCACUUCCCAGGUGAAGCGCAUGCUUAUACAAGUACAGAUAGAACACUUGAUGAAUGCUAUCAAGGAGACUAUAAGGAUUUCCUUAAUUCCCAAAAUCCAAAGGGCCUUCUACCCUACAAUUUGGUCCUUAAAAAGAGCUGUCCUCUAAUACUUUUAAGCGGUCUCAAUCCAACCGAAGGCCUUUGCAAUGGAACUUGUUUAAUUUGUAGAGAAUUGAAACCAAACACUAUCUCUGCUAAAAUUGCUGCUAGUCCUCACAAGUGGAAACAGGUUCUACUGCCUAGAAUUCCGCUGCAGACUCCUGACAAUGACAAGAAUGGCAUUCCUUUUAAGAGGAUUCAAUUUCCUGUUAGGCUUUGCUUUGCAAUGACUAUUAACAAAGUUCAAGAACAAACGCUUGAUUAUAUGGGAAUAUAUCUUAGAGAACCUACUUUUUCUCAUGGUCAGUUAUACUUUGCUCUUUCUAGAGCUAAGGCUUCUGACUCAGUUAAAUUUGCAUGGGUGAGAGCUUCUAUGUCAUUUGAGAACAUUUUCCAGCGCUAUGGGUAUAUGGCGUGUAAAAAUGCUUCAAAGCAACAGAUGUGUCGAUUUGAUGUUAUCUUUUCUGAUAAAAGUGGAAGAGUAACUGCAACUUUCUUUGGUGAUUUAGCUGAAAAACUUUUAACUUAUUCUACCUUGGAUGCAAUGUAG